CUUCCAAGGUAUUUGCGUAUGCGUGUCCACGCCGGCGAGAAUUAUAAAAACCCUCCGCACUUGACAAUUGCACAUCAAAGCCGAGUUAGCACUCAAACAAACCACCCACAAAAACCCAAACCAAACCCAAAAACUAAAACAAAAUGUUUGCCAAGUUGAUGCUCGUUGCUCUGUGCGUGGCUGGUGCCCAGGCUGGUCUGCUUCCCUUCGCUGCUCCCGCUCCACUUGCUGCCGCCGGUGUUGUGGCUCCCUAUGCCUCCAGCUUCAACGCACAUAGGAUUAACCAUGCUGUCGCCUUCCCCGUAGCACCUCCAGUUGCUCCUGUUGCUUUGGCUGCUCCAGUCCCAGCACCUGUGGCCUUUGCUCCACCCAAGGUGGCAUUUGCUGCUCCCGCUUUGGCUCCUGCUCCAGCCUUUGCUCCAGCACCAGCUUUUGCUCCAGUUCCUGCUCCAGUGGCCGCUCCUCUGGCUGCUCCUUUGGGUGCUCCUCUGGCUGCUCCUCUGGCUGCUCCUCUGGGCGCUCCUCUGGCUGCUCCUUUGGCCACUCCCUUCGGAUAUGCCGCUCCUGCGCCUUUGGCUUUCGGUGCGCCCGCCAGAUUCGGUCUGCCAGCCGCAGCUCCCUUUGCUGCUCCCCUGCCCGCUCCUCUGGCCGUCGCACCCAAGUUCGCGCCUGCACCUUACUUCUUCUAAACAUAGCUUAGCACAUAAAACUUCCUCCGUCCACAAGGAGUCACAGACUUAGCACAAAUCUCAACUAGUAGAAAGCAAAAAUGCUU